AGAGUGGCCAGCAAGAGAGGGCAGAGGCACCAGUGAUGCUGUGGCUGCUGCUCUUGACCCUUCCCUGCCUGGGAGGCUCCAUCCCCACAACCCCUGACCCUCACCCACAACAGGAGCUGGCAGGCAUCGUGGGCGGCUGCCCUGUCUUGGCCAGGAGGUUCCCCUGGCAGGUCAGCCUGCAGUUCUACAGCCAGCGCAGCCACCGGUGGGAGCACAUCUGCGGGGGCUCGCUCAUUCACCCACAGUGGGUGCUGACUGCCGCCCACUGUCUUGAGCCGGAGGAGCUGGAGGCCUGUGCCUUCAGGGUGCAGGUUGGGCAGCUGAGGCUCUAUGAGGAUAACCGGCUGGUGAAGGUGGCUAGGAUCAUCCGUCACCCCAAGUACAAUGAGAGCCUGUCAGCCUGGGGAGGCAGGGACAUCGCCCUGCUGAGACUGGAGGCCUCUGUGGCACUGUCAGAGCACAUCUACCCGGUCUCCCUCCCUGAGGCCUCCCUGAAGGUCUCUGGGAGCAAGACCUGCUGGGUGACUGGCUGGGGUAACAUCAGAGCUGAAGAGCCCCUUCCCCAGCCCUUCCACUUGCAGGAGGUGGAGGUGAAGGUCAGGAGUAGAAGCAACUGUGAGCAGGUCUAUCACCAUUCCUUCCCUGAACACACUGGCCAGCUCAUCAAGGAUGACAUGCUGUGUGCCGGAAACCAGAUCUACGGCCCCUGCUCGGGCGACUCUGGAGGCCCCCUGGUCUGCAUGUGGAACUGCACCUCGGUGCAGGUGGGUGUGGUAAGCUGGGGCGACAUCUGUGGUCACUGUGCCCUCCCCGGCGUAUACACUUCCGUGAUGAGCUACGUGUCCUGGAUCCACCACCAUGUUCCCCGGUUCCCUGGGCCCCAUGUGGGGCUAAGGCGGGAUCCUCCUAAUGAAAGAGACCCCCAAUCUUCCUUGACACCUCUUCAGGGCCUUCCCCAUCCCAGCCUCACUGCUCAAAGCCCUGAAAUUGUUCCCACCCCCAGCCCCCAGCCCCCAGCCUGCAGCCUCAUCCCCUUCCUGCCCUCCAGGGAGAGGCAGGGGAGGUCCUGAAGGGUCUCAUCACUCUGGAAGCGGGUGUGCACUGAGUGGGUGUGGAGAGCCAGGGUCCAGUGCCUUCUGUUCGCUCUUCGGAUCUCAUUAAACCUUACU